UAACGACGAGUGUGGGGCGGAGGAUGCCGAGCCCUGCGUGGGGGGUCGCUGCGUCAACACGGUGGGCUCCUACUACUGCUCGUGCCCCCCGCCCCUGGUCCUGGACGGCUCCCAGCGCCGCUGCGUCGCCAACGACACCCACCGGGAUGCUGCGCAGGCGGUGUGUUGGCAGGAGGUGGGGGUCGACCUGGUGUGCGGCAGACCCCGGCUGGACAGGCAGGUCACCUACACCGAGUGCUGCUGCCUGUACGGGCAGGCCUGGGGCAUGGACUGCGCCCUCUGCCCCGCCCGCCACUCAGAUGACUUCGAGUUCCUCUGCAACGUGCUGCGCCCCCCCAGCUACGGCCCCCCCCGCGCCCCCCCUUCCUACGAAUACGCUCCCGACUUCGCCCCCCCUUACGGCCUCCCUUACGGCCCUGACGUUUUCGGGGGGCCCCGCGUGCCCCCCCCGGCUCUCCGUUCCGACUACGACCCUUACGGUUUCGGGGGGCUGGCGGGGGGUUACGACCCCCGGGGGGACGCUCUCUACGCCCCCCCCGCUAUGAAGGCGAGGAUUUUGAGGACCCCCGGCGCCCCCUCGCCCACCGACCCCGGGGACCCCGCUACGAGCCCCCCGACCCCCACCCCGGCUCCCCCUGGUCCUACCAACCCCACGGGAUGGGGGGGUUCAGCGAGGAGGAGGAGGAGGAGGAGGAGGAGGAGGAGGAGGAGGAGGAGGAGGAGGAGGAGGAGGAGGAGGAUGCUGGUGAGUUUUCGGGGCGCGGGGGGGGGGUGA